UCAGAAGUGUGAUCCUCAUGUAUCCACAAUGGAUAAGAGGCAGAGUGACUCACUCAGAUUCUAACAUCAACCUUAAACCUCGUCCCUUCGUACACACAUUUCACUAAUUUGAAAUGGCAACCUUACCAUUCACCUCCUUAUGCCCAAUCACAGUUUCAUCUUCCUCUUCCUCUUCAAGACUCACAGCUUUGCAUGCUUUAAGAGCCUCAGCUUCUGAACCUGUUCUCAGCCAGCACACCCCCAGAAGGGAAUUCUUGAAGGGUAUUGGUUUGCAGGCCCUUCUUCCACUUGUUUUGCUGAGAGAGGCACCCCCCUCACUAGCUAGAGAAGUUGAGGUUGGCUCUUUCCUCCCACCCUCACCCUCUGACCCUUCUUUUGUUCUCUUCAAGGCCUCUCCCAAGGACACUCCAGCCCUUCGAGCAGGAAAUGUGCAGCCAUACAAGUUUAUCCUCCCCCCAACUUGGAAACAGGCUCGUGUAGCAAACAUAUUAUCUGGAAAUUACUGCCAGCCUAAAUGUGCAGAGCCAUGGGUGGAGGUUAAAUUUGAAGAUGAAAAACAGGGAAAAGUUCAGGUAGUGGCCUCGCCUUUGAUACGCCUUACCAACAAACCAAAUGCAACAAUUGAGGACAUUGGGAGCCCAGAAAAAGUGAUUGCUUCUCUUGGGCCAUUUGUCACUGGAAAUACAUUGGAUCCAGAUGAGCUCCUUGAGACUUCAGUUGAAAAGCUUGGUGAUCAGACGUACUACAAAUAUGUGCUUGAAACUCCGUAUGCUCUCACAGGCACCCACAAUCUUGCAAAAGCCACAGCAAAGGGAAACACUGUUGUUUUGUUUGUGGUUAGUGCCAAUGACAAGCAAUGGCAAACUUCUGAGGAGACUCUAAAGGCUGUACUCGAUUCCUUUGAAGUUUAGUUUUCCGUCUAAGGUAAAUAACAGAACUUUACCUUCAGUUUAUUUCCUACCACUUUUUGUUUAUACAGAAUUACUCAGCAAGAGCUGCAUUGCCCCUCAUUUCAAAUUUUGUGUUCAGAGGUUAAAAUCAUAUUUAAAUGCUUUAACUUUUUCUUCUUUGUAUAUACCUGAUUGAGUAAAUGACAUGUUUUGAUGGUCUUGAUUUA